UGAAGAGACCCGUUGCACCUCAACGGACAAUGUAGCCAUAGCACAAGCUGAACCCAUUCUAUGCGCCAAACUUCAAUAAACCUGUAGCCAUUUCCUUGUGCCAUUUCUAAAAUCUCGACGCUCUCCACACCCCGAUAAUCUAUCUGACUGUAAGGAAAACAUGCGCACGACCUUCGUGCUGGCGUUGGCGGUGGCCAUUUGCGCGCUGUUGAGUGUUCUCGUCGUCCAAGCAGAAGAAGGGCGACUACAGGUCGGCCAGAUCAAGCCAACCAAUCGCCGCGCUGAGGAGACCGAGGAGAAGUCCGUGAAGGCAAGUCUGCCCAAGAUCCAGCACCCAAGCAAGUAAGAGCGAUCAAUAAACAGUAACAUCAUCUUUGAAGAGCGAUAACAAAUAGCUUGGAGAAAGCAGCAAUAAUUUCAAUAAACUCUUCUUAUGUUGCAGCUCAAA